CACGCCCCCCCACGUGCUAUGCUGUGCAGUAGAAUCCCGGAAGAGACUCAGAUCGCCAGAAAGGUAGUGUUUAUCAGUUUGUUUUCACGCCAUGUGGUCCUUAUGGUUAAAAGUGAAAGCUAAAACGUGUACAGAUUCGGGGACGUUGGAAUUCUGCAUAGACUAUAGUAAAGUCCGUAGUUUGCACUGUGAGCCAUUGUUUAAUAAUAAAGAGACACUCCAGGUCUUUAGGGAGAGCUGUGCUGAAUGGGAUUUUGCAGGAUGGUGAUAGGAUUUGCAAUAGUCGAGCUGCAGCUGAAAAGGAGUUGUGUUCAGUAAAAUUGUAAUGGUGCUGUAACAGUUUAUGAACUUGUAUGUGUAUAUAUAUUAUUUUCCUGUAUGCAUUGUUUAUUAUUUAUUUUCUGUAACUCCAUUUCUGAUAACAUGGUGUCCAUGCCUCAUGUCUUUAAUUGGAGGACCUGCAUUAAAGGGAAACUCCAGUGCCAGGAAAACAAUACGUUUUCCUGGCACUGCAGGUACCCUCUCCCUCCCAUCCCAGGUAGCUAAAGAGGUGAAAACCCCUUCAGGUCACUUACCUGAGACCCCGCCGAUGUCCUUCGGUGGUGGUUUUGGUUUGGCGUUGCUCCUCCCAGUAAUCACGUCAGCCAGCAGGGGGGAGACUGAUCCCGCCCACCGGCUGAGGAAACCUGAUAUGCGCAUUAGGUCUCCCCAUUGGAAAGCAUUGAAAAAGAUUUUCAAUGCUUUCCUAUGGGGUAUUGAGCAACGCUGGAGGUCCUCACACAGCGUGACGACGUCCAGUGACGCUUUAGCAAAGAAAAUCUUUGCUAUGAAUCAGGAAGUGCCCUCUAGUGGCUGUCUAGUAGACAGCCACUAGAGGUGGAGUUAACCCUGCAAUGUAAUUAUUGCAGUUUAUAAAAAAAACUGCAAUAAUUACAGUUGCAAGGUUAAGAGUAGUGGGAGUUGGCACCCAGAACACUCCAAUGGGCAGAAGUGGUCUGGGUGCCUGGAGUGUCCCUUUUAAAGAAAGGCACAUGCCAAGUACAAAUACAUAGCAUUAGACAAUCUUUAAACAGAUAGUAGGAAUCUGCUCCCAUAUUAUUUGACAGUUAUAUUAAAAUAAUUGUUGAAAGAGACAUUACAUGGUUCUCUGUCUAAAAGGAUCUGGCUUGCAAAAUAUAUGGAAGCGUGUUUGCAAAGUACCUCUUCUUAUAUGGACCCUGACCCUUAAAAUAUGGUAUUCUCACUUGAGAACCUAACUUUUCACACAUGCAUUUACUACUUACUACAUUAUAAAAUGUUUUAUAUUGAGUUAUGUUACUCUGUACUUGGAACAUUAAAGGAACACUCUAAACACCAUAACUACUACAGUGAACUGUAGUGGUUAUGGUACCAUGAGUUCUGUAGCUUUCCACCAUUGUAUGUAGUCAAACUGUUUUAGAAAGGUUUGACUUCUUACCUGGGAUCGGCCAUGCACCGCUCCCUGUCUCCUCUCAGUCGAAACAGCCUGAUAAAGAGCUUCUAUUAUCACUCCUGAGCUAAUCCUGACAGCGCAGAGCCAGCUGAUCGCAUUCAGGCAAGCACUGCCUGACUUAGAUCUGAGCAGAGAGAUUCUGCCUGUAGUGGAAACAGUGCAUGGCAUCUGGAAUACCCUUGUUAAGACAUCGAACGAUUUGACUACUUUCAAUUAGGGGGUACCAGGGCACUCCAGGUACCAUAAAUACAACAGUGCAAUGUAAAGUUUAUGUUGCUUGGAAAGUUCCCUUAAUAUUAUUUUUUUUUUUUUUAUUAUUAUUAUUAUUUUAAAAGUACACUGCCACCCCCUAAUAACUUCAGCUCAAUUAAGUUGGUAGACUUAAAGAAACAGGAGUAAUUGGCCCCCAUCUUACCUUCAGGUGAUAAGCCAUUUUCCAUUGCUUUAAUCCCAAAACUGGUCUCUCGGCACCUGAUAUAGCUGCCACCUCUCUUCUUUCCAUACUAAAUAUGUGUAGUUCCCAUUCUUUCUCCAGACUCCAGUAAAAAUCACAACACUACUAACCAGCAAGUAGCAGAUCCACUUUAAGGUGAACCUUAUACGAUAUAUUAACUUUAACAGAAAUCCUCCCAUAGUCAAUACAGUAUAUCAUUUAUCAUAGUGAUAUAUUAUAUAUUCAGAAAAAAAAAUAUUAACUUUACUCACCAACAGUCCAAUACCAGGACUGCUGGGCAAGAGCCUGCUCUCAUUCUCCCCUUUUUAAAGACCUGUAGUAUAGCUCUUUGACAAGCACUUAAAAGCUGUGACUGUGUGUGCAUGCUCGCAGCUCCAGCAAAGAGGCUGCUCAGAUUGGUUAAUUCCCCCGGAUCACACUGUUUUUCUAUAUACCCCAAAAGAAAACAUGCACAAAAAAUAAAGGCGUAUUUUAAUUGGGGAUAUAUAUACUAAAUAGUGAAAAAUAAAGUUAAAAAAGAAAAUCAUCAGAGUGUUACUUUAAACUUUUUUUUAUUAUUAAUUUUUAAAGCUUUUACAGCGCUUGUACAGUCUUCUUGCUGUUACUGCUGCUCUUUUGGUAAACUCUUCAAUUCUGCUGACUUUUAUCCAUCAGAUGCUUCUUACAGAGAAGCAUUGAGGACACACAUUGCAUACACGGGUAUUACUGCUUUCCACCAUUCCAACACUUUUUGUGCUGUGCGUGAUGACGCCAUAUUGAAAAUCAAAGGUCUUAAUGGAGCACUCCAUAAAACAUACCCACUACAGCCUGCUAUAGUCGUUGUGGUGACAGGAGUUCCCUGGCACCCUCUCAUUGUAAGUAAACAGUAUGACAACAUGAAAACUCCUGGAAAGAGCUUCCAUUAGCUUCACUAAGUUAAGUCCUGCCAUGCAAGGCCAGCACAUUUGUUGCGAUGCAUUAACUUGGCUCUCCCCAAAUUAAAAAUAGUAAUCAAGACAUGGACCCAUGCUCACUGUGCGUAGAUGGGUAUCAGCUACACCUCCCUGACAAAGCCCAAGCAAAGAUGAAACGAUCAUCCAGGGUUGCUGUAUCUCUUGUGCACAGGGAAUUUACUGACCUUUUCGAUCUAGACUGCACUUAUGGGCGGGAUCAGUCUGAUAUGCAAAUAAUAUAAGUUUAAUCUGUAAUGGCACAAGUGAACAAAAACUAAUUAGAUACCUAGUUACUCUAAGCUUUAGCAUAUUCCAUGAGUUUUCAUAUUCAAUUGUUUUGUUGCAGGGAGUGUAACAAGGUUAAUUUGUAAACUUUCCAUAUAUAUAUAUUCCGUAUGAUGUGUACUUUUUAAAAUUUUGACAGAAAGUGGGCACACUGUUAACACAUAAAGAACUUCAGCAUGCUGAUGUGCUUUUGGGGCCUGGAGUGUCUUUGAGGACUUUACUGGGUCUGAUGUUCUGGGGAACAAAAUAGGGAAAAGGAAGGUAGAAGUAGAGAAAUUAAAGUGGUUAUUUCCAUUAACAUGACUUCACAAGUAUAUAUUGUGUUUAGUAGAACUGUAGAUGCAUGAUAUUAAGGUGUUUUCUAUGUAAAUAUGUUCAUAUUCCUAUUACUGAAACAAGUGGGGAUUUUUUGACUUUGCAGAAUGGCUGUUUUUGUGGACCUGAAUAUUAUGAAUACAGAUGUUAAGAGACUGAAAAAUAUAAUUGAGAUGGCAGCGCACCGUAAGUGACUUAUUUAUUGUGAAUAUGCCUUUAAGAUAAUUUUUAGGACUGGCAAAAUCUACAUAAACUCUAUGGCAGGGUCUUUUUUUAUUUUUAUUUUUUUAACACUUUCAUGGAAAGUAUUUUUAUCAUGUCUUUUAAUUCAAUUUCUGGUUCAUAACUCAUCUUGCUAAAGAAAAAUAAUAUAAUUCAUGCAACUUCAAUGAGAUGAAGCGGUCAUCGUGCCUAUAGUGUCCCUUUAAACCAACUCUCUCGGUGAGUGUAUCUGUAAAUUUGACUUCUGUAUCAAGUUUAAAUUAAAAAAAAAAAAAAAAAUUGUGUUAUUUCUUAGACUAGCACACCCGGUCAGAUAGUGGACAGGAGGUCAAAUUAAAUAUAUAAUAAAAUUACAAGGCAGAUGUUUAAUUAUAUAUUUAAAAUCUGUCUCCCAGGGCUAUGCUCUUCUUCUCCUGCUGGCUCCUUAUUUCUCAUCAGCUCCUCUCAUGCUGUUCACCGUGUCUGAGCAUUGUACAUAUGCUCUUGUUCAAACCAAUCAUGUACAUAUUUGCCUCAAUUUAAUAUUGUUGUAUAAACUUUCCAAAUGAUUUACAUUUUUGGGAUAAACUUUUUUUAAAAAUUAUUUUUUUUAAAUUGUGAACAAUAUUUUAUUUUUGUAAUAUUUUUUUUUUAUAUAUAUAUAUUUUUUUUAAAUAUAUAUUUUUGAUAUUUUAUUAUGUUGAAAUAAAUUAUUUUAAAUGUGUAUGCAACAAAUAUUAAAUAAUUUGGAAAGCUUAUCCAACAGUAUUCAAUCGAGGUCUUUGUUCAAAGGAGAGUGUGCCUAAUGGUUUGGGGUCAAGUAAUGGUGCAUUAAGCUUUUUUUUUUUUUUUUUUUUUAAUUGAAUAAAGGUGAUUUGAUUGAAUAGAAUGGUACAACAGAACUAUGAAAGCAAAAUUAACUUAAAAUUGUAGUUUAAGCCCCAUAACCACUAGAACGUUUUGUAAAACCCUGGUGCGGUCCAACUGUAAGUAGGCAUAUUAUUUUGAAACGUUUCAUACUUGCCUGGGUUCCCCCAGAUACUUCUGGUCCAACUCCGUAUUCAGAUAUCACUAACACAGAAGUAUUUCUUCUUAUAUACUUUCUUACAUCAUUUACAUGUAUGUGCAUGGUUCCCAUGUAAAUAAAACAUUUUAAUAUGCAAACUGAAUGUGAUGCAACAUUUUAGAUGCACAGAAACAAAAAGAUUAUUUAUUUUUCAUCAUGUUUCCCUUUUAAAUUUAACACCUGUUGUUCCUUCCAGGCUAAUUAUGAAUUAUUAUUCUUCCAGUUAUUUAUCUUGGCAAAUUGAACAUGCAUAGGACAUUUGUAAUCAUCCAUUGACUGCUACAAUGAUCUUAACAACAUGGUGCUUGGUUAGUGCUGAGUCUGCUAAUUGGACAACACAGCAUCUGGCAAGGGGGGCAAGAACCAUACUGUUUUAAAACAUAUGUUGAUCACGUGGAAUAGUUGUUAAUUGCUAGUUUGAUAAUUGAUCUGCAAUUUACUUGUGAUUUUCUGAUUUCAGUUGGUUAUUCGACGGUUGCUGUCAAUCAUGUUGUUGAAUUUGACAAGAAGAAAACUGUAAGUUUAAAUAGCCAUUUUCCUAGUACCAUCUUUAGAACCCAAAUCAAAAAUCAACUAAGAAAUUAAAUACACUACAAAUUAGAUUAAAAUUUUCCACAUUCCAUUAAUUUUAAUUCCGUCAUCUAGUAGACUUCAGUGUAAUUGACAGAAAAACUGUGAGCGAUAAGAAUAGUAUCGCGUAAACGGCACCCAUUUGGUGACUGUCUUCCUUGCUAACAAAGUGUCGUGUUUGCAGAAGGAUACAGAAUCUAUGCACAUCUUGUGAAAAUAUUGAAUAUGAGAAGGUAUUUUUAUAUUUGGCGCUGGCUUUUUCCCCAUUACUGCUGCAAGCAAAUAACAUAUUGCUUAUGUGAUUCAUCCUUUCGUCAAUUGAAUAUUACUGCAAUUUGUUCACUCAUGAUUCCAAUGAAUCAACACAUGGCUCAAAAUUGACAAAUACAGUUUCCUCUGACUACAAAUGCCGUAGUAUAUUGCUUUCAGCAGUCCUUAUCUUUUCAAAUUUAUUAAUAGAUUAUGCAUAAGGGCUCUACUUGCGAGUCAUAGAAUUUCCUUGUUGCAAAUUGAUGCAAUAAGUGAAUUUGAGCACUGCCAGUGGCUUUUAGUAAUAGUGAUUUUGUAAAACCUGGGACCACCUUCUCACUCUCUGACAUCAUACGAGGCUUCUUAUUAUUCCUUUGCUGUCGAUGAAUAAUCUAAUUUGUUUGUGCAAUAUGUGCACACCACAUGCACAAUGUUGACAGACAUCUCUUUCCUCCCCUUUUUGGCCUUCGAUCACUAAAAACAUUACGGUUCCCCAAAAAAAUGUGAACCAAGCACUAUAAAAUAUCAACUACAGUAUGGCUGCUAUAUUUCUGUUAGCAAAUACAUUUUACAUAUUGCAGCACAGCACUUUUCAUUAAUCUAGAAAUUCUGAAACUUUUUGAGGUUUUUCUGAUAGUCUAUGGCAAUGUAGAUGACUGAUAGACAUGUCACAUUCUUAAUAGGAAGUAGCCAAGCUGCAGAUUGCGCUAAAAUAAGGGGCACGUGCCAUUAAUCUGUAGUCAUGGAGGGUGGCCUCCAACUGUGUGGUUCUAUUUUACUUGGAACCUUGUAAGUGUUUCCAUUUUCUUCCCGGCCGGGUGAUUCAUCUUAUGGGAAAGUCUGUAGUUUUCCUUUGGUUAUAAAAGAAGAUCAAAGAUCAGCAUCUUUGAGGUAUUGGAAAGGAAAAGAAAAUGGUCUAUUAAGCCAUUUUGUUCUCAAAAUGUGUGUUUCUGUGCCCUGUGUACAAUAAAAGAGAAUUAUUUGACAAAAGUAUAACAAAAUACAGUGCAUUGAUUGCCCAACUAUCCCAAAGAUAGUUUGCUUUCCAAAAGUUUCUUUGAUUUUGAAGAUAGAGAAUAAAACACAGUUAAGAAAAUAAACAGUACUGUCUUUUGUACUAAGGUAGAUAUGUUUUCAUAUGUUAAUGUACUGAACUGGACACCCUUAAAUAAUCUUUAACCCUUAGGAGAACAAAAUAUUGUAAAAUAAAUGUCGUACACAUAGGCAAAUGUCUUGGAUGUGCAUAUUGUAAACGUGCAUACAUUUUAAUUAUUUUAUUUAUGUUAUAGGAAAUUGCCAAACCAAUGUCUGUUACAGAUAUAUUUUCAUCACCACCAACUGUACAGGUAAGUUUCGUUACUAAACCUGUAAUUUCAAUACUUAGGAUAUAUACUACACUACCUCUCUACCCACAAUCGAUAGUGCAUCCCUAUCUGCCCACAAUUUAUAGUGUGUUCAUCAUGACUGCCUUGAAAUCACAUAUAUCGGCCAUUUGUCAACUCUUCAUAUUUUAGCCAAAUACUGUUAUAAAUCUUUAAUUCUAAUGGAGGCUGUCUUACUAGCCUCUUUCCAAUUUUUAGUUCGUGCUUUUUGAAAUCAUUUUGACACAGCUUUGUUCUUUUUAGAUUGAGAAACCCAUGUACCUGCAAUAUUUUUCCAUAAUGCUUUGUGCUGUGUUCUUGUAACAUAUUGUGUACUUCUCUUUCUGUUUAGGGGAAAUGCAAACCAAUCAAAGUUCUAAAUAGGCUAACCAUUAUAGCCUCAGACCCAUCUCAUUGCAAUGUGUUGGUAUGUAAUGAAAAUUCAGUUUGUUUGUUUGUUUUUUUAUUCUUUAUUUUUGUUGUGCAAAAGUUUGACAGACAAGCUCGCCAUGCCACAACAGUAAAUACAGACAUUUCAAGAGGCGUAAGACUGUGGCAUGUAGUAGCACUGCACAUUUUUAAGAUAAAGAUAAACAUAGUGAUGCAUAUAGUGUUGCUUAAAAAGAAAACAGUAGAAUUGUUUGAGACAUACUAUAUGGAUUGACAAUAACGUAGUCGAGUAUAAUACAUCAAGAUAAGGGAAUACGCUAAACUGUAAUUAGUUUGUCAGCAGGGUAGCCGCUGGGUACUAUGGUUGGUGUUACGGCAGAAGGGAGGAUGUCAUUUAAAUAGGCUGGUAUGACCUCAGAGGUGCGCCGCCUAGGGCAGGAGCCCGCUUGUGCCAAUCUAGCUGUAUUAUUACAGCAGGAAUAUUUGUAUUUUCAUAAUGCAAGUUAUAUGUCAACAUUGUGUAGAUUCUAGCAAAAAGUCAUGUUCGCCUACGCGGAGGCACAGUAUGGUUGCAGAUGAUAACCAUGUAACAGUUUAAUAGUGCGUGUGUGUGCUUAGUUAACACGUUCUAGCACAGUGAGUAACCGGCCGUGGUCUAAUUCACUAGGUUUCUAAGUGAAGUUCGUUAGGGAGGCACAUUACAUUGGUCCCCCACCUUUGUUGCAUUGGGCCAGUCAAUGGGAUCUGCUGUGGGUGACCGAGGCAAUCCGCCGACUGUGGUCGUCAGGGGUGCCCAUACUUAGUUUAACCGCUUUUUAGCAGGUUCUUUUGUAGAGUCUUGUUAGGCCGUUACUGUGGGUGGUCGCGCCUAUGCGUGAACAAUAGACAAUAUAAUUUGAGAUUCUAGGCAGAGAAAAUCAAGUUAAGCACCUUAAGGUAGUGACCCAUAUCGCCUAUCGCUUGCCAGUUUCUGGUCAUUAGCAGGAAGUCAUAUAACAUGUACACAUACUAGGCAUUCUAAGUUAAUGUACCCAGAGUAACCACACAGAGCACGAACAAACAAAGUAGCAGCAUUUACCACCUGGCGCCUGCCAUCGUAGAGAGUUAGUAGGAAGUCCUGUAACUUUUAAACAUGCUAGACUUUCUGUGCAUUCCAAUAUGUUAAUCAUAAAGGUAUAAGGUUGAUGUAUCCCAAACCAGGAUUUAAGUCUCAUGCUUUCACGAGGCCAUGCGUCGGUUGUCUCUGUUUUUAGUCCCCUGGGCUUGCCUCAGGCAGGUGGGGGUCUCUCCGUGGUUCAAAUGGGGCGAUGUUGUCCACAUCCCAUUGUCGUCUCCGAGGGCUGCCCCUUCUGGAUUCCCUCUGUGUUGUGAUGCCCUGCUGAGUCAGAAACAAUUGGCCUUCCUCUGGUGAGUGUAUUGUAUGGGUUAUCCCCUCCGCGGUGAUCUGAAGGGAGCGUGGUGUGCCCCAGCGGUACGGGAUCUUCUUCCGUCUCAGCACGCUGGUGAUAGGGCGCAUUGUUUGCCUCCAUUGCAUGGUGGGUUUUGAGAGGUCAUUAUAGAAUGUCAGGUUGUGCCUCUCGAAGGCCAGGAACGGCAAAUCCCUGACCGCUGCCAUAAUCGCCGUUUUGUCCAGGUGUGUGACAAGCUGUAUAAUGAUAUCGCUGGAUGCCUGUUGGGGCUGUCUGCCCUGCCUGCGGAUUCUGUAUAUGUUAUCCACCAGGAUGUUCUUAGCCUGUUUGUGGGGAAGUAUUUGCUGGAGCAAGCGCCCCACGUAUUGCGGCAGUUCAGUCUUGUCUAUCGUAGUAGGGAUACCCCUAAUCUUGAUAUUCUUGCUGCGGCUGCGGUCUUCAUAUUCAGUUAGUUUUAGUGUCAUAGUUGCUUGUGAGGCAGUUAGCCGUUUCUGCUCUGCGGCAAGUGUGGUUUGCACGGCUUUGAUGUGGGCCGAUGUUUCCUCUGCGGCCUUGAGGCGCCCUGUAAGUGAGAGCAUGUCCUCUCUCAGAAUUGCAAGGUCCGCCUGGAACAUCUUGCGGAUGUCGCGGAGGAGUGAUUUAAUGUCUCCCUUCGUGGCCGGGGUGUUGUUCUCCUCGUCCGAGGAUUCCGUAUAUAGGCCUCCAGCUUGUGGGAUCUCGUCUAGGGCGUCCAUGGAGGUUUCUUCCUCCUCCGAUGAGGUCUCCGCAUGUGGGUCCGCCAUCUUAGGCGCCACGUGCGGGAGGCUUCCCUGCAUGUAUUCCCCAAUAUUACGGGUUCCCGAUGCCAGGGCUGCCUUGAUCUUCUUGGCCCGUUUUCCCAUUGCGUAGGUGGGGUGCUAGUCGGUGUUCCGGUGAUUUUUCACCCGGUUAGCUGUUGUUUUUAGGCUUGUUGGUACGGAGCUACAGCUCUGCACGUCUGUUCGGUUUGCUUGCUUGGCUCCGCCUCCUCGUUUGUUUGUUUUUUGUUUUGUUUCCUCAGAAAUGUUUGGAAAAUGGUGGUGCAUUUCUUAAUUAAAAAAAAAUAAUAAUUCAAUACAACACUCUUAACUAUUUAUUUUCCCUUUUUAACUUAUUUAAAUGUGGUGUAAACCUCUCCAUUGUUCCUCUGUUUUUCCAUUAUCUUGGUUUUUGUUUCGGUCCUCAAGUACUGCUGUGUUCAGCUGAAUACAUCUCUAAGCAAGGAAGUCAUUUCAUUUCUAAUAUAAAUACAGAACAGCAGCAUAUGCUUGGGACCAAUGGGGUCAACCAGGGAAAUAAUUGCAAAUAAACAAGCACCCACAGCAGUUUCAUAAAAAUAGUAUAUUGUGUUUUUCUUUCUUUAGCACCUUGCUUAUGUAAAACCUGACAAGUUAAUUUACUAUAAUUUUAAGCAAACAAAAUAAUGUCAUAAAAUAACUAGGACACACUUUCUAAUGAAUUGUCAUGUGUAAAAUAUUUGAGAAUAUGUAAAAUUUAUGUUUUAAACAAUUCAAUUCCUGUCCCUUUUUAUAAACCUUUUUCACCCCCAUUUCUCCUCUUUUUUUUUUUGUUAAUGUAUUUGAUUUUUAUGUUCUUUUUUUGUUUUUGACUUCUUUUAUGUCACGAUACUUGGCUAUAUAAAUCUGUCAAGCCAUUAUCAUUUUUUUUAAUGUAACACCAACAAUGUUGCAUCGCUGAGUGCAUUAAAGGGACACUAUAGUCACCAGAACAGCUACAGCUUAUUGAAUUUGUUCUGGUGAGUAGAAUCAUUACCUGCAGGCUUUUUGCUGUAAACACUGUCUUUUCAGAGAAAAUGCAGUGCUUACAUUACAGCCUAGUGAUAACUUCACUGGCCACUCCUCAGAUAGCUGUUAGAGAUCCUUCAUGGGUCAUGGCUGCCUAAAAUGCAUCCAAACAUUGAGUGUCUCCUCCCUCUGCAUGCAGACACGGAACUUUCCUCAUAGAGAUUCAUUGAUUCAAUUCAUCUCUAUGAGGAGAUGCUGAUUGGCCAGGGCUGUGUUUGAAUCAUGCUGGCUCUGCCCCUGAUCUGCCUCCUUGUCAGUCUCAGCCAAUCCUAUGGGGAAUCAUUGUGAUUGGAUCAAGCUAUCACUUCUGAUGAUGUCAGCAGACAGCUUGUUUUUCUGAGGCAAACAACAUGCAGAGUUACAGCUUCAGGCUUAUAUACAGUAAGAUUUUGCUGUAUUAAUGGAGGCAUGAGGGCACCAUGGUGAUUUUAACCCUAUAGGGUCAGGAAUACAUGUUUGUGUUCCUGACCCUAUAGUGCUCCUUUAAAUAAGUUAUACCAAAACUUAGAAAACAAAACAGAGCUUUGAUUUAUUUUUUUCUGUUUUGUUUUGAUUUUCUGCCUGCUUCACAAAUUUGCCAUCAUUUAAUCACAUUCAGCAUCUGUCGUUGACAGUACAUAAUGCACAGAACGUCAUGUAGCCAUUAAUCUAUUUCCUGAUAUCCCAAUACCUUAUGCAUGCAUGUUAUUAUUUUUUUUAUUAUUUUAUAGAGAUCAACCUCCCCUUCUACCAGAUGGUACGAUAUUGUUGCUGUGUUUCCUAAAACAGAAAAAUUAUUUCAUGUAAGUAAGAAUUGUCCCUGUUAGAAACUAGAUUAUAAAUUUUCACUAGAGCAUAAAGUUAUUAAAGCGUUAACAAUUACCUUUUCUGUAUAUUAAGGUGUUGUCGACAUCAUGCAGAAUUUUUAACAACUGUUUAUUCUUUAUAGAAUUAGCCCCUGAAGUAUGUCAUUCAAUACAGUAAUCACAAUUUGUCCAUAAUGAACAUUUGCAGUGAUGCAACAUCUUUAAUUAUUUGCUAGAAGUAGAGCUGCUGAUUCCAAGUAAGUAGGCAAGUUGAGCAUCAAAGGAAAUGGAGUUUAGAAACUAUCCCCUGAUAGUUUCUAAACUACAUUUUCUUUGAUGUUCAACUAGGAUGUUAAAGGGACACUAUAGGCACCAAGACCACUUCAGCUCAUUGAAGUGCUGGGUGCAAUGACCCUGUCCUGCUUAUUCCAGUUUUUGACAAACACUGCCUCUAGUGGUGGCAAGUUCUUAUUUAGGGCAUCCAGUGUCCGUUAAAUCCUAAUAGGAAAGGACUCAAGCAAUGCUUUCCUAUGGGAAGGGCUCAAUGCCUCAAUUCUCUCCCGACCCAGCGCCAAGAGAGAGCGGUGCUUGAAUCGGGUAAGUGUUACAAGGUUGUUUUUUUGGUUUUGUUUAACCCUUGCUGUGCCUGGAGAGGGUAUAUGUGGGGUGCGUAGUAGAAGGAACUGUAGUGUAAGGAAUACAGACUUGUAUUCAUUACACUAUAAAAUCCCUUUAAGGGUCCUUAGUGUACUUAUCUUGCAAAUUUGAUACAUUAUAAUAUCAUAGACAGUAAAGUUCAUUUUAUUCUGUAAAGUCAUAUUGAAAGUAAGAAAAUAGAUAUUCAUAUACUUUUUUUCCCAGGAUUGUAUUUUGUACCAAUAUGGCUUUCUCAGUGGGCUCAUAUAUCCACUGCAGACGGCUCAAUGCUAAUACUCCUUAUUUAUACUAUAUGUGAAGCAGACUUGUCAUCUACACAUUUUUUAAUUGUGUGUCUGGUCAUUUUAUACUGUUCUUUUGAUCCUUAACUAAAAUGGGAUUUGCAUGUUCUUUUGCUAUAUAAAAGUCUGUGUGACCCAAGUCUCUGCAAAAUAAAUCCUCGUCUUUAAGGGUCAGUCUGAAAUACUUCACCGGAGUGCAUAAAUCCAUUUUAAAAACAAAUUAAAAUGAAUAAGUAAACAAAAGCACAGAUAAGUAGGUCCGUGUGUGAAUUUCUUUAUAGAGAAUCUAUCAUGACAGGUUCACUUUAACUGAAAAAGCUCAAAAGGCAUUGAAUUUGUCAUAGAGAUAAAUUUAUAUAUUCAGUGCAAUUUUUUCAGUUAUUGCAUUAUGUACCUUGGGUUCCUGCACUUCCAUGGCUGCAGCUCUGUGGGUGUUACAAUUACUUCAUCCAUCUAAUCCUCUGGUCAGCUCAAAAAUUGUUUGCUAGAGAAUAACUGUAGCAACCACAACACAUGGGUUGGUGUGCAGGAGGACAGCCUAUAAGAGGGUUUUCCGGCUCUCCUUGUCAGUCAGUCCUUCAGCACAGGGAUCUAUGCAACUCUAUUCUACUAAAUUAAUUGACAGGAGGGACAAACAGGUUGUUGUUUUUUGGGGGUUUUUUUGUCUCCCUUUCUGUACAUUUUCUAGCAAUUCUGUUAGCAGACGUGUAGGUAAUACUAAAUUUACCGUUAAAAUUGUAUUAUUAAAUUGUUAAAGCUCGCUGCAGCGGUUAUGGUGACGUGAGUGCUUUGCAGACACAUUUGUAUCUAACAGACUUGGUACAUAGUCGUGAGAUUUACAAAUAAAUACUGAAUAUGCAGUAUCCCCUUUCUGCAUGUGGUUGAGUGUCAGUAAAUAAUAUAUCCACAAAAUGAGUUUUUAUUUUAUCUUUCUCCUACAGGCUGCUUGCACCAAUAUAGACGUGGAUUUGGUGUGCAUAAAUGUAACUGAAAAACAGCCAUUCUUCAUCAGAAAACCUCCUAUAAAUGCAGUAAGUUUAAAAGGAUACUUAAAAUAGAUAUGGAUAUGUAUAUAGUGCUCUAACAUGUUUUUAGCGAGUGUCUGUGUCAAUAUUUCCACUCAUAGGCAAGUGGAAAUUAAGAUUUGAUGUGUCCUGAGUGAUAUUUUAAUCAAUAUUGAGUUAAAUUAAUCAGAGUAGCAAUUCUUCUUGAUAGAUAUUGACUACCGUAUUGACUCCGGUGAUAUCAUCGGGAGGUAUUACACACAGAUUGACAUAUCCCUGCUGCCUUUGCAGUUGCUUUCAUCAAUGUGAUCCUGUUUUUUUUUUUUUUUUUCCUUAUUUAUUAAAGAAAGUUUUUAAAACCGCACACUUUGACUGAGGAUCCAUCAGUAAUAUCAAGUAAAUCUGGAGUAAAUACACUGCAUGUAUGUACUUCACAUCAAUAAGAAAUUUGCUCUCAGUGCUCUUGGUACUCAAGUGGUACUUCAGUAUUGUUUAGUAUGGAAAGUGGUGUUUUAGUAUUGUAGAAUUACGUUUUAUGUAAUUAAACACGUUCCAUCAUCCAUCAGUAUCAGAACAAUCUCUUGCCGGCAGAGUUGUGGGAAAAAAGUAAUUGACUUAUUGUUCAUCUGUGAAUUUAAAACUGAAAGAAUUUAAUUAGGACUCUCCUGUUUUAGGCAAUAGAAAGAGGCAUAUUUUUUGAGCUGAUUUAUACCCCAGCAAUCAAAGAUUCUACAAUAAGGCGAUACACAAUAUCCAAUGCUCUCAGUUUGAUGCAAUUUUGCAAGGGAAAGGUAAGUUUUUACAACAUAUUCACAUUUUCCUCAUCAAUAAAUAAACAUUCUUAGCAACUGUAACCAUUACCAAACCAUUUAUGUCAUGUCUCAUAAAGAUGUCUUAGAAUAAAUGCUUCCUUUCCUCCCUGUUUCUGUCAAAUAGUAUUCAACCAGUUUUCCAAAAAUCGUGAGUGUUCCGACACCUAAGUCUCAGUCCUUUUCCUGCCACUUGGAUAAUAUAGAAGAAAGCUAUAUCAUUAUCUGCCCAAGGAUACUAUAAAAGGUUUAACAAAAAUUUAAAAAAUGAGAGGGCAGUACUCAAAGUACACUUCAACAUCUCAAUAUAGUGGUUAUACUGCAGAGUGUUCCAUGAAGCUGGGUGUAUAUUUGUUUUCUUUUCUUUUUUUUUUCAUAUCAGUCUUCUGUCUUGGGAACUGUUCACAUUUCUCCAGGCCAAAUAUCCUACUGGGCCACCUGAAGGUUUAUGAUACCUCCACAUUAGCACCCCAGGCUAUUUGUUGUCUACAGGGUAAAUCUGCAUGUAAAAUAUUUUCCCUAGAUGUCAGCUGGCAGCUUUCUCACUGACCCCUAAAUUGACUUAUUGGCUUUGUUCAAAGCGCUCUCUCAUAUGAAGGGGACCAAAAACUUAAAUAAUUUGAGCAACUAGUAGUAUUUUUAUUUAUUUUUCUGCUGCACUGGUAGAUGGCACCACAGCGCCUUUAUAAAAUAUAUGCUAUGGCAUCCUCCACAUGUUUGAGAUGUGGUGAAUCUCUGUUUGAUUACUUUUACAAAUUUUCUGGUUCUGUCGUAUGCGCCACAAAUUCUGGUUUGACAUUCAAGAUUCCAUAAACCAGUUAGCGCGAACACACCUACCCCCUAUUUCUGCAUACUACCUAAACAUUUGCUGAUCUCUUUGGGGCCUUCUAAACGCAUAACAUUGGAUAUUUUAGUAGCUACAAAAACUUGCACUGCUAGGCUCCGGAAGAAGCCAGUUUCCCCUGGUAGACAUACUGUUCUUGUUACACUUUCACUUAGCCGCUUAAUCCUUACUUGGAGGAAUUGACACAAGUUCAAACAUGGCCAUGCCCUUCUGAUGUUUUAUAGAUGUUUGUUUGCUCCCAUUAUGUACACAUAAUACCUGGUAUAUUGCUAAGUUAUUGUAAGCAAUGUCUCACACGUUUUUAUACAUAUACUUUUUCUCUCCAUGGUGACCUAUGACCUUGUUAAUUGCAUAUGGUUGUUUAUUAUUUUAUUUUCACUUGCUACCUAUGUGUACUCAUUAAUGUAUGCCUCUUUAUACUAACAAAUUUAAGAGAUCAGAAACACAAAUGAAAAUGUUAUACUUACUAUAAGGGGAUUUUUGAAAUAAAAAAUAUUUUUAAAAAAAAACAUACUUUAAAGGGUAUUGGUUCAAGAAAAUAACAAAGGAGAACAUAAGUGAAUGCAGUUAUAAUAGUAGUUCCUAACUGGGACUGCUGGUAAAAGAACAUGGGAGCUGGGUAUUUUUUCAUACAUUCAAACGUGAAUGUUCUGUGGUUUUCAUUCUAAUACAUACGUAAACAAUCUUAAAUACCUAUUUCAAAUGUCUUCACAUGGUUUGCAUUGGUAAUAAAGUAAAGGCAUACAGGGCUAUUCACUAAAGCAAAAAUUGUUGAGAAUUCAAAGAACUUCAAAUGCAAAGGAAAAGUAGCAGAACUGGAAAAUAAAUCUCCAAGUCAGCUAGGCUUCCAGUUCAGCUACUUUCGACUUAAAGGGACACUGUAGGCACCCAGACCAUUUCAGCUCAUUGAAGUGGUCUGGGAGCCAACUCCCAUCACCCUUAACCCUGCAGGUGUAAUUAUUGCAGUUUUUAUAAACUGCAAUAAUUACCUUGCAGGGUUAAGUCCUCCUCUAGUGGCUGCCUACUAGACAACUUUUGGUCAUCUAAACAAUGCUGGACGACCUCCAGCGUCACCGGAAUCCCCAUAGGAAAGCAUUAAAUAAUGCUUUCAAACGGGGAAGUCUAAUUCGCAUGGGGCCAUUGCCGCGAAUGCGCAUUAGGUCUCCCCCUCUGACGUUUGUGCAGCGUGGGCGGAGCCUGACCCCAUCAGGCAUCGGUACUGGAUUCCGGUAAGUGUCUGAAGGGCUUUUAACCCCUUCAGCGAAGUGGGAUGGGUGGCAGGCGGGAAGGGGGCACUCCAGGAUUCUCUAGUGCCAGGAAAACAAACCCGUUUUGGAGGAUCUGGAGAAUCCCAUUCAAUUUUGAAAUUCCUGACAGUUCUCAAUUUGGUUAAACUCCCUGUAUGUGUGUAUUUUAUUAUGGUUCCCAUGUGCAAGGCCAAAGUCCUCCUAUGCAUUUCUUUUAUAUAGCAACAUAGAAAUACUUUUCAGAACUCUUGUACUCCAGUAGUGAUCUUACUAAAAGCUCUAAACUAGUUUACUUGGAAUUAGUCAACUGGUUUUGUCUGUUCUGUUUGUUGUUGGAAUACAUAUUCUGUGUUAAAUUAUCAUUUGUUUUUUAAGAGUGUCAGUAUUACCCCUGAACUCUGUUUGGAUCUAUUACAAAUACAUGUGUUUUCUUUUUCUUAAUUUCUAGAACAUUAUUUUGUCGAGUGGUGCUGAAAGGGUAAGUUAAUACAUUUUGUGGUCUUUAACCCCUUAAAGGAUGAUUGUCAUGGAAAUGGCAAUGGCUCUUUGUGCUCUGUGUGAAACUGCAGCAGUAAGCAAUUUAGGCUGGUGGGAUUUUUUCAGAUAACAGUACGGUAUUUCAUGUUUUCACACUUUGGUUUAUAAAAAAAAAGAAAUGUGCUGAAAAACUCAACUUAUACUCCACUAUAUACGGUAAUAUUUUGUUAAACAAGUGGUAUGUUUCUUUUCAAUGUAGGAUCUGGUUUAUGAUUUUAUUAUUCUGCCGUGGUUAAGGAAAUGCUUAAUGCAAUCACUGUCAAAUCACAUCCUUGUGACAAAGGAUCUUUAAUUAUUUUGUUUAUUGUCCUGAUGGUGGUGCAGAGCACUGGGGGAAACCAAUACCAUGUCCCUAACUAUUACAGAGAAUCUAUGUAUGGGUUGGAAUUUAUAGGUCAGCAAAUAAGAUUUUAUUGAGAAAGUAAUGAGAUGAUUUGGAGACCAUAUGGUGUAUAUAUCAAUUUGUUGAUGGAACCAAUUCAUUUUCCAAAUUAUUUCAAACCACUCAAGCUAGACAUGUCUUACUGGAUAAUGUAAAUGCUAGUUUGACAAGCCCUAAAUACAUUUUUCUAAAGGGACUCAUUAUAGCACGUGGGGAAUGAAUCGAAUAACUCCCUUGCAUUGUCCUUGUCGUUGCGUAAUUAUCCAUUUGGGUUAUGUUCUCUUCGCUGGUUAAUCAAAGUACAUAAAACUUCACACUUUCCAAGUACAUUCUCAUUGAGCAGUGGUAGCUAACCUCUUGUUGACUACAUUCAUAUGAUGCUCAGUCCUCCUCAAAGCUGGAGCGGUAAAGUUUAGCAGAUGCCAUUAACGGCUUAGAAAAACUUAGUUAUGCUAUGUAAUAAUAUUCUAGGCUGCAGUAAGCCUAUUUAAUGGCAUGCUUUAAAGCUUACAUUUCAAAUUAAAUGGAAGUUGAAUUUGUGGAAGGUUAUUCAAUGAAGUGUGAAUUGUAAAGAAUUCAAUGAAUUAAUGUUUUUGACCAAAAUAGCCAAAGCAAAAAUAUAACUGACUAAUUUUAAUAUUUUGACACUAAAUUGCAAACAUUUGUUUAUUGUAGGAAUUUGACCUCAACAUUAGUCAAUUACCAUAAAUGAGAGCCACUUUUCUUACUUUGCAUUUAGUUUUAGAUCCUCACGCGUAACAGUUUUAGGGAUACUCUAAGAACCAAAAAAAUGUUAGCUUAAAGAAGUGGUUUUGGUGUAUUGAUCAUGCCCCUGCAGUCUCACUGCUCAAAUAUCUGUCCUUUGCAUUUGCUUUCGAACAGCGCAGCAUUUUGCUGUGCGUCUGCGCUAGCCUCCCAGUGCUUCGCCAAAGAGGCGAGGAGAGCAGCGCAGCAUUGGCUGAAACCCUCACACAGUGGGGAGGGGGAGACACCUAUAUAGGUCACAGGUCAAUAUAGUGUUAGGAUUACAUGUAUUUCAAUCGCUAUGCUGUUCCUUUAAACUAAAGUUGUUUUGGUACUUAGUGUUCCUUUAAUAACCCUGUCUGCAUUUAUAUGCUAACCAGACAAGAGUUGCUUGAUAGUACGCAAAUUUCAGGAAAUCAAUAUAUAUAUAGCGCUGAUUAAAUUUUAUUAUACAGCCAAGAAAAGGCUUAACUUGAUGGAUUCAUGUCUCUUUUUAGCCUAUGUAACUAUGAGUUUAAAAAAGUACAUAUCAUCUAAAUUGGUGUGUAAAAUAUUCAGACAUUACUCUUCAAAUGUUAUAGAGGCCAACUAACUGUUUAAUCUGUGAGCUGCAAUUACUAAGGGUUUUAUGUGACUUUUUAUCUGCAUAGUGUUUAACAAUUUUUUUUUUUUUUCUUGCAGCCAUUGGAAAUGAGAGGUCCUUAUGAUGUUUCUACAUUGUAUCCUUUCUUGGGACAAUUUUUUUAUGAGCGCAGGAUUCAAGGAGGAGUGCAUGAGGUUUAAUAGUAGAGAUUGGACCACUGAAUAAAAGAAGUGCAUAAAUAGAUAAUUCUAAAAGAUUUAAAAAAAAAAAAACUUUGCACCCCUCUUUCCAUGGGCAUUGAUCAUACAGAUUCUUUUUUUUUAAUUCAUAUAUCCAUUGGAAAUUUUUUUUUUUUUUUUUAUAUAUUUUAUAUAUAUAAUAAAUAUAUAUAAAAAUAAAUAAAUUGAGGGGGAAUAGGGUUGGUAACCAUAGGCAUUGAACAUCAGUUUAUUUAUUGGUCAAAAAGGAAAGCAUAUCUGCCAUGCAUCAGUUUGUUUUUAUCUCUUUGCUUAAAAUUUCCAUCCAAUAUUAAAAUUAACCUUAGAUUGACGCAAUUGUGGGGUUAAUGUUCUUGCAGUGUGCCUCCGUGUCUGAGGCACACUUCUCCAGGCAAUCUUACUGUUUCAGCCCCUGUGAUCUCUCUGACUGGCAUUCAGAGCGAUCACACGUGCCACAGUGAAACCCGAUCUGUCGCCCUGCACCUCUGGGUGCACUGUGAAGUGCAGAGAGACAGAUCAGUGCUGAUCUGUUGCUCUCUGCAAUAAAAAAAAAAGUUAGUUGUAAAAUCCGACCCCUUCCCAAUAAAAUUUAACCCCUUCCCUGCCCUUUGAUAACUGUCUGCAGUAAUCAAAAUACAGAUAAUAGUAUUUAUCUGUAUUUUAAUUUCUUUACUUUCAUUUUUUUUUUUACCCUCAGGGGUUACAUUUAUUUAGUUAGUUAAAUAUUUGUAAAAAAUAUUUAAUUAUUUAGCUAGGGUGGGUAGAAGUUAGUGGGGAAAUUGGGGGAUUUACUGUUAGGCUAGUUAAAGGUUAACAGUAAAAAAAGUUUUAAAAUAGUAAAGUUGUUAAAAGCUAAAGAAAAAACUUUUUCAAAGUUAAAAAAAACUUAAAAAGUUUAAAAAAAAUUAAAGGGGAAAAAAUGCAUAAUGCAUAAAAAUUCAAACUUAAACGUUGUCAUAUACCUGGUAAAGGUACAUACAGGUUAUUGCUGUGGAUAUUGCUGUGCUUAGAUGACAUAGCUGAGCAACAUAUGAACUAUUGCACUGCUGUAGCACACAUAAGGUUUGCAAAAUAUAUAUUGCAAACCCAUUGUGUGUGUCUAAAAGGCAUAAAAAAUGCUUAUUACCACUACACUUGGUACAAGCUAGCAGAAAUAUGAUUUCAUGCUAAGGUUCAAAAUAUGCCUUUUGAAAUACCCUCGGGUGCCUUCUUUAAGAAAUGGUAUGCCUUUGUGGGGUAGUUGGAAUAAUCAACCUACUAAAAAAUACUCCAAAGUGGGGUAUGGACACAGUGUAAAAAUUAAAAGUUAGAAAGAAACUUAAAUGGCUGUGUCUCAAAUGUUCCCCUUCAACGUUCACGUAUACUUGGCAAAGGUACAUAUGGUGGUAUUGCUGUGCUCAGACUAGCUAAGCAAGCAGAAUAGCUAAGCAAGAUAGAAAGUAUUAUAGGGGAUUUAGCACACAUAAGGUUUUCAAAAUAUACAGUACAAACUCACUAUGUGUGUCAAAAAGGCAGAAAAAUAAUGCUUAUAACCAUUAUACUUGGUACAAGCUAGUGGAAAAAUGCUUUCACGCUAAGGUUCAAAAUAAUGGCAAAAAUUGCUUGUGUCCUUAAAGGUAAGACAAGCUUCUAAAGCUGUGUCCUUAAGGGAUAAUGACCAUUGGAGUGAUACUAAAAAAGAAAGGGAAAAAAAGUUAGGUUAAGAUACUUACCUUGUAAUCAGAGGAUUGCUAUUCGGUUUGUCGGAAGGGGCCUCUAAAGCGGCUAUAUCUACCAAUUGCCGAGCUGUUCUCCUUCAUGGGGGUGAGUCUGGCUUUUAUCAACCAAUCCUAGAAAGGGCCAGCUAACAUGUAGUGUAUAUAAAUAUAAUUGUAUAUGUAUACCUGUGAAUUUUUAUUUUUUUUUGAAAUUUUUUUUUUUUCCUGAGGCCAAUGUCAUUUACUAAUGUGCUUUAUUAAUGAAAAUGUAUAUUAAAAGCAAAAGCAUAGUCUGUGUAAAAUUUAAAUGACAGAAUUUCAAAAUAUAUCCACGUUAUAGUGGUAAAUAUGGGAAUCCCCUGCGGUUACCAAGAAAUUAAAAAUAAAUCUGUGAAAUUCAGAUAUCUCCGGCAUUUAGAUCUAUAUUAACAGGUAAAGAUUUCACCUUCACUUAGGAAAUGGGUUAAAUGCAAUUAUUGCUGCUACACAGUUCUGCACAAGCCUGGGAAAAUAUCACAAAAGGCUAUGAAAGGACACAAUAGUGGAAAUGUUACCAGUUCAGAGAAUAUUAUGCAUUAGUUUUCAAUUUUUAAAACCUGUAUCUGUAAAUGUAUGUUUUAGGACCAGAAUACUUACUAUAUAUUCUAUAUAUUUCUUGUUAUGUGGCCAUAAUCCUGUCUUGCUAAAAAAAACCUGGUACAAAAAAAAUGAUUUUGCAGUUUACCCACUUAAUUAUAUGUGCUUUCAACCACAGAAACAAGAAAGACUGCUUUUGGCAUUGUAUACACGGAGAAGAAACCACAGACUGAAGAAGAAUCAUCUGAGCCAGUUUGCAAAAAAGCCAAAAUGGAGUAAUGUUUAGGAUAAGACAUGGGGGAGGGAGAAUUCUGUGUUUGUGUGAGACAUAUGUUUAUUUUUAAUAAACUAUAAAAAAAAUUUAAAAAAAUUGCAGCAACUUUAUUAAGACGCGAAUGCCACCUUAAUUUUUAGUUUCUUGCUGUACAUUGAUUUAAGCCAAUUCAUUCCUUUCCUGUAAUAGUUUGAUUUGAAUCAAAAUGGUACCUCACAAAAUAAACCAUAAAAUGGUUCAGAAAUGUAUCGGUAUGUAAAUAAUAGCAGUACAGCUCAUUUAAUUCUUGCAGUUCUGGUAAUUCCUGAAGAUGAUGUCCUUUUUGUAGAAACUUGACCGCCAUACAUGGAAGAACAAUGGACCAUCUGACAUUAUUCCUGUAUAGUAAUCUGCGUCAAGGUUGGGAUUCUAAGCGUCUCCAACCAACAGAACACAGUCUGUCGGAACUAAUAUGUGUGAUCGUGCUUGUAACUGUAACCAUUUGCACAGACAAGAAAUUUUCUGUAAAAUAUUCUACUCCUGAUGUGUG